AUGGCAACUUAAACAUGGCGAAGAAUUGGCAAACUUUGUGCCGUGUUUGUCAAUGGUGUUUGUAGAAUAAUAAAAAUACUAGGGGAUUUAAAAGUUUUUACGACAUUUCUACAUAAUAAAUAUGUCUAAAGGUUUUAGAAGCACAACAGGAAAGGCAAUUGGCAACUAUGUAGGCGAGACAAGCAAACAAAUAAGAAAUGGUUUUGGUGUGUACAAUUAUCCUAACAAAUUUUUCCGUUAUGAAGGAGAAUGGAGGAAAGGAAAAAAACAUGGUCAUGGUCGUUUGGUAAUGGUUGAUGGCAGUUACUACGAAGGGUCUUUCAAGAAUGGUGAAAUUUCAGGUCAUGGUUACAGAAGCUGGUCUUAUAGUGGGAAUGUGUAUAUUGGAGAGUUUAAAUGUGGUGAAAUUUGUGGUAUUGGUGUUAUGACCUAUGGUAAUGGUGAAAAAUAUGAAGGUGGAUGGAAAGAUAACAAAAGACAUGGAGAAGGUGAGCUUGUUGAAGCAAAUGGAGAUAUUUACAAAGGAUCAUUUUAUCAACAUAAGAAACAUGGUAAAGGCCAUCAAAUUUACAGUAAUGGUGAUGAGUAUGAAGGGGACUGGGUGCAAGGAUUGAAACAAGGUCAUGGAAUAAUCAAAUAUAGUGAUGGUACAAUAUACAAUGGUCAAUGGCGAAAUAACAUGUUUAAUGGUGAAGGCUCCAUCUUGCAUGUGUCUGGAGUAAAGUAUGAAGGAAUGUGGAUUUCUGGAAGCCCUGCUGUGGAGUCAUCUAUAUUGGUGUGUGAAAGCAAUGUGAUUGAGAUAGAACAAGGACAAUGUUUUGAUUUGGAUGUUAUUUGUCAAACAGUUGAUGGAAAGGCUGUCAAUGAUGAAGGUCGACUCCUUCAAGUUACUGCUGGAGUAAAAAUAUUAAAUAAACGAUCAGAAGGAAAGUUUAGUGAUGAAGAGAUUAUCACUACUCCAUUUGAUUUUGAAGCAGAGUCUUAUCCACUGACAGAAAUGUUGCCAGAUAGUGAAUCUUUUGUUAAUGGGAAGAUAGAAGAAGUAUCUCUUACCAUUGAAACCGAAGACAAGAAUGUAGAAAUUGAUAGAUUGACAUUAGAAGAUACAUCUAAGAAUAAUUCCAGUCGUACAGCAUCAGCUGUAAGUCAUUUAACCCAAGAAAGUGUGCUACAACACUCCUCACUUGCAGAUUAUGGUGCUUCACCAGAAGGUAUAUCCAGUACAUCACAUGGCUAUAUAUUUCCAAGUGUCAGUACACUACGUACAAUUAACGGUCGCGCAACGUUUACAAAUCUUUUUCUACCUCCUUUUAAUCCAAGUUAUUCUUCUAUUACUGAAGACAACCCAGACAGUCAUGCAAGUCAACCUCAAAAAUGGAAACGAGUCAUUAAGAAAGGAAGUGCCCAGAAUAGUACAACAGAAGUGUCAGAUUAUAAAGAAGGGAAGCGUAGAAAAGAGAAGAAAGAAGAAAAACUUAAUGAUGAUAAAUGGAAAUACUGUAAACCCGGUGAUUACGUUAUUAUAAUUCAAGAAAUUACUAAUCCUCCAUUUUUUGACACAACUCUACAACCAGCUUACUGUCACGUAAAAGUUACUUCAAAGCAGAAGAGAGCAAAAAGCAAAAUGGACAAAAAAUAAGUAUUUUUUAUUCGUGUGCAUUAUAUUUUGAGGACGUUAAAAAAAAUGUACAUAUUUUACAAUGUGCAGUUUAUCUGCUUUAAAUGUUUAAUUGUUUUGAUAUGAGCUUUAUGAAAAGCAUUCGUCCGAUUCUAGGUGCGGCCAAUUUUCCAAUUUUACACGCGCAAUCAUACCUUGCAAUAAUUUUUCCAUCCAUCUUGGGAAUUGUUGCCCUAGUUCGUACGCAGUUCGUUUUUGUGUUCUCUUGUCUUCACUGAAAAUCGUUUUGUUUUGACAAGAGGACAUUUCCUCUUCUUCGAAAUCAUCAAAAACACUUCCAGGAUCACUUGGGGUUAUUUUAUUGAUCUUAAAUAUUGAAAGAUAUUUCUUUUUUGGAUUGAGAACGAGGACCGUGCCUGGGGUGAUCUUACCAAACGUUUGAACAUUCAUUACUUCAUUGCACCAUGCAAUAUAGCGAGGAAUUGAUAACCAUCCCAUUUUAAAAAUGCUUUCACUAAAAUCAAACACAAUAUAUAAUUAUAAUUGCUUGUGUACACAUUGUUUACAGGAUCAAAAAAUCUUACCGACGAAAAGGCUGAAUGAUAUUCGCAAAAGUUUUCACAAUUGAAAAAAAAGGAUAUAGUCAAAUGCGUUAUAAAUGUCGGUAGAAAUGAAUAAUGAUAAGAACUCACGAAAGAAAUGGAAAGAUGACGCUGAUGAAAAUAACCAUAAGAGCGGUCAUCACUAAAGAAAUCUUAGGAGUUAUCUUGAGCCAUAACAACAAGUGGGUGAGUUGGGUUUGGCCAUUCAUUUGUGAACAAAACAACGCAAUAACUAAAAUAAAUUGUCAUAUGUCAAUGUAAUAACAGAACUGAGGUAAGAUAAUGAUGAAGAAUUACCUAUGGCUCAUGGAGUAAGGUUGAUAAGGGCAAAACUUUGGAAAAUCAUUUGUGAAGAAAGUCGAGGAAGAUUCAAAUACAAAUUGUUGAAAAUUGCCAACUCCAAAGCUCCAGCUUUUAGAUCCGAACCCUAGAUAUUUAAGAAAUCAUUUUAAAGUUGAAACAUUAACAACUCUUAAAGAUAGCCCAUUAAAAAAAUAUAGUACCUACCUUCAAAAAAAUAUGAGGAAAUCUAACAUUCUCUUUAAAUAUCAUCAAUGAUGGAGUAGUUUUUGAUACACUAAAGUUGUUUAUUAGUUUUGGAUUUUUUGUAGUUUGGGCAUAACCAACACCGAUAUAAUGUCUAUAUUUAAAUACCACAGUUUUUAAAAGCAA